CCUUGAACAGGGAAUAUAAUGGCUGACACUUGGGCUGAUAAGCGUACGUUGACUGAGUGGAUUCAUCAACAACACCGAAACGACUUAUUUGUGUUUAUUGAGACAAAGCCUUCUCCUGGCUGUUAGAAUGAGCCGUUGACCAUAAAGUGUUACGAGAAUUUCUCAAAAACUCACUGAGGUAAUUCAUUUAUUUACACUACUUUUAUUAGCCAAGCCAGGGCAAGUGGCUAGUUCACCACCAGCUAGCUAGCGUAGCAUCAUCACGUAGCUCGCUAUCAAGUUAGCUACCUCCUUACCCCAAACAAAACUAGGUUGGUGCUGUAUUUUCGAGUAGGCAUUAGCUAUUGUAUUUAACCAGCUACGUGUACACAUUUUGAAACUGUUAUAGCCAACAAGAACUAACUAGGUAACUAGCUAUCUAGGCAUGCAAUCUUGUCAGGCCGUGAAAUCUUGUUUGUUUUUAGUUGGCCAGCUAGCUAGGUAACGUGAGCUACUAGCUACGUUAGCAAGUUGACGUUACCUAGCUAACUGUAAUUCCUACUACUGACAAUACUUUCCCCUCCGAAUUUAACACCAGCUUUUGUUUUGAACAUCAAUUGUUCAAACUUUCCAAGGGCAGUGUAUGCAACCAUUAACGUUAGUUAGCCUUCAAUGUAUUUUCCAUUGUCGGAAUUUCACCUCCAGUUUUCGCGGGGAGGGGGGGGGGGGUGGUGGUGGGGGGUCAAGCGUUACCAUGGCGUGCAAUUUCAUGUUGCCAAACAGUGACAAAGGUAAACUAGUUUAGAUUUGCAUAGCUACAUUGGUAUCCCAAAUGAUGAAUAAACCGCAUCGAUAGGCUAUUUGAGUGUAUAUCGAUGAAGGUUUUUGUCACCAUACUUCGUUAAGUUAGAACUUCUUAGAAGGGGGGGGGGGGGGGGGUAGUUGUUAGUUGUUGCUACUGACAGUUGGCUCCCGCGAACUCGCUGAAGUGGAGGUUAUUCUAGCGGUCUACAAGGCUAGAAGUGCCUUUUGUUGGGAAGUUAGCUAGUUACGUAGUCAGCAAGACAUCCUUACUCAAUCCGCGACCUCCCCAAAAGCAAACCAACACAUUUAAUAGUGGGUGACUGAAUACACCGCACAGGUACGUAAUCGAUAGGUAAAGUAACGUUAUUGAUAUCGGUAAUGUUUAUUAUUAUUAUUAGCUAUGUCAUACAAUGGUUUGUAGCUAGCUAUGGUGUUUUGGAUUAUUAACGUUAUGCCUCACGUUAUGGUUUAGUUUACUGUAAUACUUGUCAUACUAAGGGUAAGGUCUGUGAAUGUUGUUGCUUAGUUGCAGGAACAUUCCUCCAAACAAGCCACCGUUUCUGACUGGAGGAUGUUUCUGAAAGCAACAAACACCUCUAGAAUCAUGCACUCUGUCAGUGUCAUAACUGUGAAGCUACUUCGGAAACACACCUUGUUUGUUUUGACGUGUGUGUGUCUGGGUUUCCAUUAGGAAAAUGUGGCGCCAUACAACGUGACAUUAAAUAGUUUAAUUUGCUGCCAAUUUGAGAAAAGUACCUGACCCAUAAUGUUAUGCAUUGUGUGCAUAACCCCAGAAAUUACAUUUAGAUUAUGGUAGUCAUCUUAACAGAACAUCCAACUCCUGUAAUGAAGGAGACACUAAAACGUUAUUUUCAAACAUUUGCCUAAAUGCAAUUCGUGGGAAAACAACACCAUUCCAAACAGCACACCUGAUGCCAGCGUUAGAAACUUAGGUUGAUAAUAUGACUGGGAUUGUGUCUUUUGGCUUCUGGACAAUGAAAGAAAGGUGAUAUGAAUACCAACAGGAGAGAUGCUGGUUUCAAUGGCAUAUGAGGAAGUCUUUAUAAAAUAAUUGCCUCCAUGUUUCUAUGGUCAGAUUUUUCCUAGGCUGCUUUGAAGCAAGGUAAGACAUGCUUCAUAAUAUGAAGUAAAACAUUCAGGUUUCAAACAAUUAAUUCGAUUUUCAAAAUGCAUACUGCCUCCAGUUCACAUUGCAAAGUGGUGGGUGAUGCGCUGAUAGCAUGCCUACCGUUGCCUUUGCACUUGAAUGGGAUGUGCGUCGCAAUUGCCAGUUGAUAAUAAAAAUUGUUAUUUUUAAUCGUGGCCAUCAAAACUGUUUUUAACAGGUGACUGCGUUCAGAAUUGUUGCCCAAUGACUGGUCUUAUAAAAGUACAUGUUUUACUCCAGCAGCAACGAGCUGAGGGGCUGCGGCUGCAGCAGCAGUUCUAGCACUGUCUGACAAGCGAUAUUCAGCUCAAAAUAGGCUCUGUUUUCUGUGCGCGGGUAAGAAAUGAUACAUUACGACCAAUGUUCCCUCUAAUUAUUUCCAGCACUGAGAAAAUUUCACGUCUGCUGAGCGCAAGCUUGAAAGUUGUGAAAAUUCUGUGCAACUUCCAGCGCGCGUUUACUCUGAACACUGAGGCUGUUCCCGCUUUAAGUUAGUUUAAACAGUGGCCAUGUAUGUAGACUACUGUGGCUAUUUGAUCAUAAUGUAGGCCUACCAGAGUGGCCUACCAUCAAAAACAAUGAAGAAAAUGCAUCCCAUAACAUCUUAACAUGGAUAUAGCUGUUCUAUCAUUCAGCCUACAGUAGCAGCCAAUGUGUGGUGUUCAAUGUAGGUUUACAUUCCAUUAGACUUUUGAAAAAAAAACAUACAGGGCUUGACAAUAACCUGCGUUGAUUCAAUCACAAUUGCCACAGUGAAGGGAAACGUUAAUAAUGUUAACAAGGAAAACUCUAGAACAGUGGUCACCAACCUUUUCUGAGUUAAGAUCACUUUCUGAGUCAAAAUGCAAACCGAGAUCUACCUCUCAGAUUUCUUUUUUUAUAAUAAUAUAUAUAAUACAUGCCUUUAAAAAACGUAAGUCUAUGCAACAUUAACCUAUUAAAAACAGUACUGUAGCAAUGAAGUUUGUGCAGUAAGCUAUAGGCCCAAUACAUUAUCACUGCAUAUUAGCUUUGCUUGAAUUGCCCUGCCAAUGCAUUGUUGUUCGGGCCAUUUAAAAUAUAUGUACAGCUCUGGAAAAAAUUAAGAGACCACUGCACAUUUCUCUUAAAUCAGCAUCUCUACAUGUAUGAUUUCCAUUCCAGUGUCUGUUGAAUUCCAACACAGGCACACAACGUUCUACUGAAUUAGGUGAUCACCUGAACCAAAUCUUAUUUAACGAGGAAAAGUAUAAAAACCACUGCUGUGGUCAUCACUAUCCUCUUGCAAUAGGACCAGCUGGAUGGCAAAAAUAGUUCUAAUAGUAUCUCAAAAGUAAUAUUAAUCAAAAAAUAACUAUUGACCAUGCCAAAAGAGUUGAAAAGGAAAGUUUUGAGUGAGGAAAAGAAGGUUUCAAUUCUGGCUUUACUGGCAGAGGGAUACCGUGAGCGUCAGGUUGCUUCCAUCCUUAAAAUUUCAAAGAUGGCGGUUCAUAAGAACAAGGUCAAGCAGCAGACAUUGGGUACAACAAAGCUCCAGACCGGCAGAGGGCGAAAAUGACUCUCUACUGACUGGGAUGACCGCCAACUCAUUCGAAUGUCACUCAACAACCGUAGGAUGACAUCAAGUGACGUACAAAAAGAAUGGCAAACGGCAGCUGGGGUGAAGUGCACGGCGAGGACGGUUCGAAACAGGCUCCUAGGGCUGAAGUCGUGCAAAGCUAGAAAAAAGCCCUUCAUCAAUGAGAAGCAAAGAAGAGCCAGGCUGAGGUUUGCAAAAGACCAGAAGGAUUGGACCAUAGAGGACUGGAGUAAGGUCAUCUUCUCUGAUGAGUCCAAUUUUCAGCUUUGCACAACACCUGGUCGUCUAAUGGUUAGACAGAGACCUGGAGAGGCCUACAAGCCACAGUGUCUCGCACCAACUGUGAAAUUUGGUGGAGGAUCGGUGAUGAUCUGGGGGUGCUUCACCAAGGCUGGAAUCGGGCAGAUUUGUCUUUGUGAAGGACGCAUGAAUCAAGCCACGUACAAGGUUGUCCUGGAAGAAAACGUGCUUCCUUUUGCUCUGACAUUGUUCCCCAACUCUGAGGAUUGGUUUUUCCAGCAGGAAAAUGCGCCAAUGCCACACAGCCAGGUCAAUGAAGGUGUGGAUGGAGAACCACCAGAUCAAGACCCUGUCAUGGCCAGCCCAAUCUCCAGACCUGAACCCCAUUGAAAACUUCUGGAAUGUGAUCAAGAGGAAGAUGGAUGGUCACAAGCCAUCAAACAAAGCCGAGCUGCUUGAAUUAUUGCGCCAGGAGUGGCAUAAAGUCACCCAACAUCAAUGUGAAAGACUGGUGGAGAGCAUCCAAGACUCAUGAAAGCUGUGAUUGGAAAUAAGGGUUAUUCCACCAAAUGUUGAUUUCUGAACUCUUCCUAAGUUAAAACAUUAGUGUUGUUUAAAAAUGAACAUGAACUUAUUUUCUUUGCAUUAUUCGAGGUCUGACAACACUGUUAUUUUGACCAGUUGUCAUUUUCUGCAAAUAAAUGCUCUAAAUGACAAUAUUUUUUAUUUGGAAUUUGGGAGAAAUGUUGUCAGUUUAUAGAAUAAUACAAAAAUGUUAUUUUUACCCAAACACAUACCUAUAAAUAGUAAAACCAGAGAAACUGAUAAUUUUGCAGUGGUCUCUUACUUUUUUCCAGAGCUGUAUAUAUAUUUCAACAUUUGAGGUAGGCUAUAUGAUGGCACCAGUAAUAUAUCCGUUAUUGUAUUACUUGUGAGGCACAGCUGAGUGAGCAUACAUUUUAAAUAAUUUGCUUUUUAUUUUACUGAGCUGAUUUUGCCUGCAUCUGAUGGUCAGUCUCAGCGGAGGUAGAGAGCAGCAGACUGAGGGUCCGCCUCUAAACAUCCCUCCACUCUCCCUGAGACUGACCAAAAAGGGACACCGUCUUCCAGCUGAUGGCAACUCAAGUCGCACUGCAUUAUUUCUGCCUCAUGCACAAAUUCAUGUUACUCCUAUGGACAAAGAAAGUGAAAUAUUCCUCGGUAUUAAAGAAGACCCAAGCCACUAAUAAUAACACAAGCCUAUAGAUACUUUCCUACUCAUUCAUUACAGUUGCAGUGCUUGUUGUAGUGCUGAGUGGAAAUAGGAAGAACGCACAUUUUAUGGCUUAUAAAAGUGUUGAAUACAAAGUGUUGACAGUGCUGAGUAAGAACUUAAACAUGAACUCAUUCAUAAAAACAGCAGCUCUUUGCUGUAUUCGUUGACAGUCUCUUUCUAGUCAUGGUUUUGAAAUCUCACAGUAUCAACUUUGCUGUAGCUUUCUUUUAUGCCUGCUACAUUACUACAGACACGGUAAUCUGAGCCAUCCGAUUGGCCAGCGGUAGGCCUAUAGUGCAUUUGAUUUGCUCUCUCGGCCUGCCGGGAAGGCAGAGAUUGUACCUUCAGACUCAUUAAAUGGUUCAAAAUGUCAAAAGUUGGCCUAUCCGGCGCGUAGGGCAGGUGAAUUGGGUGCACCUACCACCAACAUCCCGAGACGAAGAAAAAAGAAAAUAGGAAAACAAGGCUUUAUCAAUGGGUUUUUUACAGAAAUGUUUGGCGAUUGACUAUGAAUGCAUUGGAGGUCGAUCGUGAUCGACCGGUUGGUAACCACUGCUCUAGAAAGUUGAGUGAAGUUAUCUGUGAGCUGAUGUUUCUGCGCAGCAGUCCCGGGGCUACUGCGCUCGCGCAGCUUAGAGGGGACAUUGAUGACGACUAAUGAAAAUACACACACCCCAAUUUUAAUUCUGCUAAAUGUAACAAAAUAACCUAAUAGACCGAUAAGCACGACUGUGAAAUGUAUUUCCAUCAAUUAAUAAAAAGCAUUAUUUUGCACUGGGAGGAAAAAAAAUUAUCCUGGUCAAUUUGGCUGGCAACAAUUUUUGUUUAUUGGCUUUUCAUUUUUUUAUCGUCCAAAAGCCGGCAAUUACCGGCAAACGGAAACCCUGGUGAGUGUGUGAGUGAAUGAGUUGUGUACAGUAUGCCAAUAUGAAAGAGACAUACUGUGUGUGUGUGUGUGUACGUGCACAUGCUUUUGUCUCCAGUCCAAAGCCGUUCUAGAGUGUUGACUGACGAUGCAUGUCAACGACCCAACAGGUGCGGAGCCGAGGAGGACAUGGCGACAGGGGGCACUCCCUUUGACGACUGCGCAGACGAGCAGGAGCUGCACAACUGGACCGUUACCAACGGCAGCAGCCUAGAAGACCGGCUCAACAACAUGGUACAGAGACAAUGGAUGCGUCCCAAAUGGAACCCUAUUCCCUAUGUAGUGCACUGCAGUACUUUUGACCAGAGAGCCCUAUGGGUCCUGGUCGAUAGUAGGGCACUACUGGAAUAGGGUGACAUUUGGGACGCGACUAUUGAGAAUGGACACUAAAAGGCUGAAUCCUAACUGGAGAUUUGUGAAAGUAACUAAAAUCUUUGUGAUUGCGUUAGUUUUUUGUGCGUAUAUAGCCCCACAGUGGAGGUGUCAUAAUACCCAUAAAACCUAGCGGUCAAACAGGGAAAUGGUUCCAAUCAUUUUCCCACCAUUCAUCUACACGAAACACAGCCCUUAUUUGAAGUGUUUCUAAAAUGACCUAUGGGGAAAAAAUAAAUGGUGGAAAAACAAUUGGAACCAUUUCCCUGUUUGACCGCUAGGUUUUAUGGGUAUUAUGACUCAUACUGUGGUACUCUAUAGCUCUAGUAAGGAUUCAGCCCCUUCACUGACUAGCUCUAGAGUCUGUCAAUCUACCUACAAUGCUGACCAAAGCGAGACAUGGAUUUGAAAUGGUCUAUUACAAGUUUAUUGUAAUGCGUCCCCUUUGGGGAACCAUGAUGUGCUUAUCAAGCAAGUACAGCAUUAAACAGUACAUGGUAAUACAUAAAACACAUGCAAGGACCUUCUGUCCUUUUUAAAGCUCCAGGGUGAAGUUUCCUCUAGGUAAAUGUCAAGGAUCAGCUUCCCUUUCCCCAAUCCUAACCUUAACCAUUUGUGGGGGGAAAUCCAAAACUGACCCAUCAGUGUUUAGUGAUAACUUCACCCUACACCCCUUUUGAAAGCUUCCUGUCCCCUUUCAGGACUGGGGCAUCCAGCAGAAGAAGGCCAACCGCUCGACGGAGAAGAACAGGAAGAAGUUCUCAGCCGGCGGCGUGGCGGAGAGCCGACUGACCAAUGACAUCUCCCCGGAGUCCACACCUGGCACGGGGCGGAGGAGGACACACACCCCUCACUCCUUCCCCCACGUCAAGUACACCACCCAGAUGUCGGUGCCCGACCAGGCCGAGCUGGACCGUCUCCGGCAGAGGAUCAACUUCACUGACCUGGACGAGGUGAGAGGGUUCUCCUUAGAGCUUUCUGAACUGUGCGUUUCUUCUUGGAGGAUUCAUCUGUGAUUGUUGGGGUCUGGAGGGGGUCCUAGUUAACAUUUUAAAGUCCACCAAAGAUGUUGUGGAAGUGUACUGUUCAUGUACAAAAAUUAAGCUUUUUUUGUUGUCUUUAGUGUGAAAGUUUUCAAUUAUUAAAUGUUCCAAAGAACCUUCUUUCCAGCUUUUUAUAUCGCAGAGGUUCUGCGGCAUUGUUCUGUUUCAUAGUACUGUAAUUUAGACUAAAAGCCAGGUUAUGACAUCCCUCGCUCUUUUUUCCCAGAGGAGCGUCGGCAGUGACUCCCAGGGCCGCGUCACAGCAGCCAACAACCAGCGACAGCUGGCGGCGGAAAACAAAAAGCCCUUCAAAUUCCUGCCGCUGCACGUCAACACCAACAAGAGUCGGGAGGCCCCCUCCGCCUCGGCCCCCGCAACCCCCUCUGUCGCCGCCACAGCCAAGAAGCAGAGCCCUGGCCUGGGUCUCAGGGACGCGUUCGCCCCCUCCCUGCCCAGCAAUGACACCCCUGGGCUAGGUAGUCGGGCUGAGAGAGGGCUUCUUCCCUCUAGGGAGGAUGGGAGAGGAGAGCUCAGCAUCGACAGUAGCCAGGUAGGUAAUGUCUAGGCACUUUGGUUUAGUGAAGGAUUAGGGCUUUUCAGGGCUUGUUUUUUUUAAUACUGUCUCUAUGUAGUCUACGUUUUUGUUUGAUCAACCACUUACUGCACAAUGCAAAUGAUUUGAAGUUUGUAGUUGUUUCAAUACUUAGUUAAAAUAGAACAAACAGGACAAUGCAUACGAUAAAGGUAGUUUAGUUGUCGGCAGAUAGAAGAAAAGUGGGUACAGUAACACAUUUUGGACAAAUCUAUAUAAAUAGCAUACCUUGGAACAGCAUUUUCACCAUUCAAGUCUGUGCUUGCACUGACCUGAUCGUCCUGUACUGUCUGCAAACGAUCACAAGGGGUGCCGUGCUCUCGCUCCUGUAAAAAAAGAAAUGGUAGAACAAGGAUGGGAGACUAAGUGAGCAAGAUGACGAUGAAACCAGUGUGUAUUUAGGGCAAUUUAAAAAUAAGCCACCACCGCAGGUUCCCAAGUGAGUUCUGCCCUCGUUUAGCGCAGUCUGCACUGAGCGGAUUGGUAUCCGCGCUCUCACACACGAUUUCUCGCUCUCUGUCUCGCUCUCUCUAUCAUUUACACACAGACAUGCACGCACACAUGCUCUCUCUCUGUUGUCACACUAUCUCUCACACACCCUCACACUCUGGUGUCCCGGUCAGGUGGUGAGCAAGCUGGUUCAGAUCCGGGAGUACAUCGGCAAGGCCAGCUCCAUGAGGGAUGAUCUGGUGGAGAAGAACGACAUCCCGGCCAACGUGGAGCGCCUCACCCACCUCAUCGCCCACCUCAAGGAGCAGGAGAGGUCCUACCUCCGCUUCCUGCAGAAGAUGCUGGUCAGUACAGUACCGCCGGCUUAUCACGGCUUUCUCACUGUCUCUCUUUGGCUUUGUGUCUCUGUUUUUCUAAUUUCUCCUUCCUCUCUCUUUGGCUUGAUCUGUCUGUCUUUUUAUAUAUUUUUCUCUUUCUUUUGGUCUAUCUCUCUUUCCAUCCUUCUGUCAUUUAAGGAUGAGAGGGGCUGCUUUCGAGAUACAUUUUUAGUUUGAAUUCACUCUGUGUCUGGUAUUGAUUAGUAAAAAAUAAGCUUGGGCUUUUGCCUGUUAAAGAAUGCCUGCUGUCCACUGCUUCUUUCUCACAUUGAUGUUGAUAGUUCAAGGUGUUGUGUUUGGGAACUCUUCACUGCACCCUGGUCAUGUAUUUUUUAUGCCAAGGCGUCUGAAACACGCCGACAGACACAGUCGUGUAUCUUGUUCCAUUUGGCAGAUAAAUCUAGGACAUGACACACAUUGCUUCUGAACUGCUGGAUGGCACGUGUCAUUUGAUCUUGCUGUCAGCGCAUCUUGCUGUCAAUAUUAAAUACGAUACCCCCUCUGGCAUAUGUGCGAGUACUUAUGACCAGUCCUAACUUUUUCACUCCAACCACUGUUCAAGUAUUACAUUGAAAAGCGAGGGGGAAGGAAACGGAUGAGAAGACCUGGGUUCCCAUAGCCACUACACCCUCAGUGUCCAUAGCACCAUAGUUAGGGCCAAGGAGGGAGACUGCUUGCAGUCUGUGCCUACUAUUUUACUGACGCCCCGUCUUCUGUAGGCGAGGGAGGACGAGGAGGACGAGGCGGGAACACUGGACUCUGCCGUGGGUUUAGGCUCAUUGCCAGAGAACACCUCCCUCAACAUCGAGGUGCGCUCCUCAGACGCCUCCAACGCCACCGUGAGUAGCCCUUCCUCUAGUUCUGACAACCCCUCCUGCUUCUGCUAUUUGGAUUGGUCACAAACGAGAUCAUCUAAUACGCUGCAUAGGGAUAUGCUUUACCAUCUCUACUAGAUAGUAAGACACUGCUUCUAGAAGUAGCGCCACCCAAGCAGACCGAGGCUAAUCUUAUUGCCGUCAUCCCUCGCUCUUCCUCUCUCCCUCCAUCCCUCCCUCCACCUCCCAUUGCCGGUGUAACACCAGGAAAUCUUCGCUGUUAGCGUCUGACCCAGUUCUGCUUGUGCUGGCGUUUUUCUUAUGUGUGUGUCUAAAACAGGGCCGCGUUGCAGGCCGCAGUGACCAGAAGGAGGAGCUGGAGAACUUGAGGAAGCAGCACGAGCUCCUGAAGAAGAUGCUGGAGCAGCAGGAGCAGCUCAGGGCUCUACAGGGCCGCCAGGCAGCACUACUGACCCUGCAGCACAGCUCCCAGCACGCCUCCCACACCGUGGCUGACACCGGUGAGACACGGACCACAUAGAGAGAGCACACACACUCGCAUAGUGUAAACACACACACACACACACACAGCGCACAUGCAGAGCAGGUACCUACACACACGUAACCUUUUUUCAUUUGGUGUGUGUGUUGUUCCAGUGCCAACGGAGACCACAGGCAGUGUGUCAGGGCUGAGCAUCACCUCAGAGCUGAACGAUGAGCUGAACGACCUCAUUCAGCGCUUCCACAACCAGCUGCACGACUCCCAGGUACCAGCAACAUACAGUACUGGGUCGUAUUAAUUAGGGCACACCAUAGCCAAAAGUAUUAGCAUUUUCUCCUGUCUGGUGCCUAAUGAAUACAACCCUGGCAAACAUAAGGUAGCACUUUACAGCACGGGCUAAAGUUGCAAUAACAUGGUAUUGUUACCCCUCUAUUACAUACGUGGUGUAUAACCCUAUAACAAGAAUCAUUCCAUUUAAAUGAAGAGAUAACUGGGCAAAAUGAAGUCUCCAUGUUAAGUAAAUAGAACUUGUUACCAUGUUAUUACCACUUUAUCCCUUGUGAUAAUGUGAAGUGCUACCCAUCAAAGUAAUAAAUGAUGAGUUGAAUGUUUGUGUUUAUGCACCUACUAACAUCCUGUGUGCCUUUCCUUCCUCAGACCAAGGCAGUAGUCCCAGACAACCGCAGACAAGCCGCGAGCCUCUCCCUCUCUCGGGAAGUCUGCCGCUCCCGCUCCUCCCAGCCUUCCCCUCCUCCCCGCUCUGUCUCCUCCUCCUUCCUCCAUCCCACCCCGCUCACCUCCCUGACCUCCAUCACCCCCACGUCGGCCUCGGCGGCGAGCGCCAAGCUGACCAAGCUGCAGGAGCUGCAGGACAAGAAGCAGACCAUGGACAAGAUCCUGCAGGAGUUGCACUCGCUCCGCGACCAGACCCUCAACAACAACUCCUGUAAGUUAUGGUUCGUCUCUGUAACUGACUAGGAGUAGGAUAACACCGUCAGGGAUGGAGGCCCGGAGGGGUCAGUGAUAUUUUUAGAUUUUUCAGAGAUUAUUGCUUAUUUGAACACCUGCAAAGCUGUUUCCUGCAAUAUAGAGCAUUCAAUGAUAACAAACUUUUUAGAUGUGUUUUUUAUUGUGUUUACAUAGUGGCGCAGCUCCCAUCUUACAUUCUUUGGGGAGAAACGUGUUUUAUAUGAUAGAAGCUUGUAAGUUUGCAGCUGUGCAUGUGUGAGUGACGCGUGUAUGUUGUUCCCUCAGGUCGCGGCGCAGUUGUGUCUGUGUCCUCUCAGCGUAGCCUGGCUCUGGGCGCGGGCCCCUCCUCAGACCGCCCCUCUGCCCUGUACCGGGAGCCCAACGGGGCCUCAGCCAUGAGACGGGACCCCUCCACCUACAUCCCCUCCACACACCCCCAGCAUGAGGACGCCCCAGCAGACAAACUCCGGUACUAAACUCCCAACUAUUAUUAAGAUCAGUGCACAUCACACCACGGUUGUAUUCAUAAGGCACCAAAUGGAAGAAAACUGACUGAAACGCAGAGGAACUACCUGGACUUGCCCAAAUCAAAUUUUAUUGGUCGCAUACACAUAUUUAGCAAUGUUAUUGCGGGUGUAGCGAAAUGCUUGUGUUCAACAGUGCAGUAGUAUCUAACAAUUCACACAAUAAUAAUGGAAUUAAGAAAUGUAUAUAAAUAUUAGGACGAGCAAUGUCUGAGUCCGGAGUAUAUGUAUGUGAUGGGAUGUAUAGACAUUAUGGACAGUAUGUGGAUAGAAUAUUUAGUAUAUCUGUAGGAUUGAAUAGUAUUUAUACAGCAAUAGUUGAAUAGGAUGGCAUUGACUAGAAUACAGUAUAUACAUAUGAAAUGAGUAAAACAGUAUGUAAACAUGAUUCAAGUGACCAGUGUUCCAUGUCUAUUGGGACUACCUGGACUUCUGCCCUAAUGAAUACAACCCAGUGGUGCCCUAAUGAAUACAACCCAGUGGUGCCCUAAUGAAUACAACCCAGUGGUGCCCUAAUGAAUACAACCCAGUGGUGCCCUAAUGAAUACAACCCAGUGGUGCCCUAAUGAAUACAACCCAGUGGUGCCCUAAUGAAUACAACCCAGUGGUGCCCUAAUGAAUACAACCCAGUGGUGCCCUAAUGAAUACAACCCAGUGGUGCCCUAAUGAAUACAACCCAGUGGUGCCCUAAUGAAUACAACCCAGUGGCGAUGAAGCAAAGGAGACUAGUAGAGGGAACCAGCUCAGACUAUUAGCAUGCACCCUUUCUAUCACUCUGAUACCGGCAGCUGAAGAUCCAUACUGUACUGUUCCUUCAGACAAACUCUAUCAUCCAUCACUCUUAUCCCUCUUAUUCAUUCAUCAGUCUGAGCAACAAUGGAUCCAAGGUGUUUUAAUGUUUAAUUACCAUAUGUAAGGGUUCGUGCACAGAGGGGAUUGUCGGGAAAGAGAUGGCUGCUUGAGGAAGCUCCCAUUUAUUAACAUUUCAACAUUUCAAUCAUCUCGCUCUCGUAAUGUCUGUCUGUCUUGCUCUCGUUCUGUCUCUCGUACCACUCUCGGUUCCACUUUUACUUUUGCGCGCUACCUGUCUCACUCUUUUCCGGCCUCCAGCUUUUCCUGCUGGAGCCCGCCGCUUAAAGGUGGGGGGCGCGGACCGGUCAUAGAGCCCAUAGAGUUAAAGUUGGUGGACUGUAACCUGUAAAAUCCAUAGAUUUAGGAGGUCUUCUAGUGGCCGUUAGCUGUAAAAAUCCAUAGAUUAGCCGCACCGUUAUAUAAGCCGCAGGGUCGAAAAAUUGGAAAAAAGGCGCGGCUUAUAGUCCGAAAAUUACGGUAGUCAAGUGUCUCUCCUUCAUUGAAUCAGUUGUCCAUGUAGCAACCAUAGUCUCUUUCCCCAUUCCAUUUCUCCCCAUUCAUUCCCCCACACUGUUUCUGAAAUGUGACUCAAAGGGAAUAGACUGCUUGCAGCUCACUUGAGGUGCUGUAAAUUCUUGGGGGUGGGGGGUUGUGAAGAGUGCACACUUUGGGCAGAAGGCCAAUCCAAUGCUUUUAAGUCUUUGGACAUUUUAAAACGGAAUCAGGCCUAAGUCUCUCUCUCCCCCCCCCACCACCACAGGAAGCUGAAGGAGGUGCACAAGCGUUUGAACGAGCUGCGUGAGCUGGUGCAGUACUACGAGCAGACAUCGGACAUGAUGGUGGACACGGUCAACGAGAACGUGAAGGAGGAAGAGGAAGAGGAGGAGGAGACUGAGGAGGACGGCUCCAUGCUGGAGACCAUGUUCGACUCGGAGCAGGAGAACCGCCGGCCCCCCAUCACCAACAUCAGGUACUUGAGGGACACGGACAGAUUAGGGUGACGUCGUUAUUAUUCCGCAUUAGAGCUGUUUAUAAGUGGGCCUUGUCCAAUUCUGAUACUAAGCAUCACAGACCUAGGAUUCGAACUGGCAACCACUGACAGUAACUGUUAGUUUCAAACCAAGCAUAUAAUCUGUUCCCUUCAUGUGCCCCACAUUACCAGGUCUUUAUUGUAAAAUAUAGCUUGUUCUCAAUGACUUGCCUGGCUAAGAAAUAUUAUAAAGGUUUAGAUAAUUACAAUUCCCAAGGGCAAAUCACGCCGGAGAGUGAAAUUGAGACUUGACCCUCUUCUCCAUCUCUCUUUCCCCUGGUCAGAAACCCACAGCGUUCUGGGAACUGGACAGAAAUGAACAGUCUGACCAACGCCCGAGGAGGAGGCAGCGCCAACAACCGCGCUGACGGGAGACUCAACACCGAGUGUGAGAUCAACAACCGCUCUGCAGCAACAAACCUCCGCAGCCUCAACAUCCCCUCAGCCAUAGGUAGCACGACACACAUACGCACAUUACAUGCUGUACACCCCCAUGCUGUUCACACACACAACCCACUCAUCUCACUAACCCUCAUGGUCUCUGCCUCCAACAGAGUGCCAGUACAACCGCCCCUACAACCAGGUCAAGGACGACGAUGAUGAAGAAGACGAUGCCCUGGAGGAUGAAGAGGGGGCGCAGGGGGCCGGGGGCCGGGACAGCGAGGGCUCGGGGUCGAGCAGGAGGAGCAGCCUGGGGAACGAGGACGCAGACUUCGCCCACAAAGUCCACCGGCUGCAGACGGCCAAGCAGAAACUACGGCAGCUCCAGGAGCUGGUGGCCAUGGUGCAGGUGAGAGGACUGACUAGAAACAGAGAAACAUAGCAUAUGAAAGAUAUAGAAUAGAGUCUGAAAUAAAUUGUAGGCAACAAAGUGCAAGUCUGUUGUCUGAAGAAGGCACUGUGCCCUGACACAUUGGUGUUAUACCCAUUAAAUCAUUGGGAGUAAACAGUGCUGUGAGGAAUUUUGGCCCACUUUUGCAUGCGGAACUGCUUUAACUCAGAGAUAUUUGUGGGUUUGCAAGCAUGAACUGCUCGUUUCAAGUCCUGCCACAACAUUUCAAUUGGGAUUAGGUCUGGACUUUUGCUAGGCCAUUCCAAAACGUCAAAUGUGUUGCUUUUUAGCCAUUCAUGUAGAUUUGAUUGUAUUUUGGAUCAUUGUUUUGCUUCCUGACCGAGCUGCGCUUCAGCUCACAGACCAAUGGCCUGACAAUUCUCUGAUACAGAGCAGAAUUCAUGGUUCCUUCUAUUAAGGCAAGUCGUCCAGGUCCUGAGGCAGCAAAGCAUCCCCAAACCAUCACACUACCACCACCAUGCUUGACCGUUGGUAUGAGGUUCUUACUGUGGAAUGCAGUGUUUGGUUUUCGCCAGACAUAAUUGGACCCAUCUCGUCCAAAAGGUUGACUCAAGUUUGCCAAAAAGCACCUGGAUGAUCAUCAAGACUCUUGGAAGAAUGUUCUAUGGACAGAUGAGUCAAAAUUAUAACUUUUUGGAUGACAUGGGUCCCAUUUAUGUCUGGCGAAAACCAAACACUGCAUUCCACAGUAAGAACCUUAUAUCAACAGUCGAGUGUGUUGGUAUUGUGAUGGUUUGGGGAUGCUUUGCUGCCUCAGGACCUGGACGACUUGCCUUAAUAGAAGGAACCAUGAAUUCUGCUCUGUAUCAGAGAAUUCUACAGGAGAAUGUCAGACUAUCUGUCUAUGAACUGAAGCGCAGAUCGGUCAUGCAGCAAGACUGAUCCAAAAUAAACAAUCAAGUCUACAUGAAAAUGGGUAAAAAGUUAAACAUUUGAAGUUUUGGAAUGGCCUAGUCAAAGUACAAACAUAAUCCCAAUUCAGUUGUUGUAGGACUUGAAACCAGCAGUUCAUGCUUGAAAACCCACAAAUGUAGCUGAGUUAAAGCAGUUCUGCAUGGAAGAGUGGGCCAAAAUUCCUCCACAGCGACGUGAGAGACUGAUCAAUAACUACAGGAAGUAUUUGGUUGGAGUCAUUGCAGCAGAAGGCGGCACAACCAGUCACUGAGUGCAAGGGGGGCAAUUACUCUUUUUUUUCCCACACAGGAGCAUUGGGUGUUGCAUAACUUUCUUUAUGAAAUAAGUAUGUAAUUGUUGUUAUUUGUUCACUCCGGUUCCCUUUAUCUAAUAUUAGGUUUUGGUUGAAGAUCUGAUAUAAUUCAGUAUAAAAAAUAUGCAAAAGCAAAGACGAUUUAGAAAGGAGGCAAGUACUUUCUCACAGCAUUGUAUAUAGAGCGUGCAAGUAGAAACAUAUCAACACACGUAUAAGCAAAUAAUACAAAAUAGAACACAUGGUAUAGAAUGUAAAAUGACCAUGGUGCAGCUGAGAGGUCUAGACAGUUCAGAGUGGAAGAGGAUCCUUUACAGUCCAAGAAAGUAAAGAGCUGGAAUUUGAGUCAUUUGAAGAUGGGUGAUGGCCUUAUGGAAUAGUAACCAUGUGACUUCCUGUCUCCCAGAGUGAUGAUACAGACGCCACCACGGCCAACGAGGACGAGGGUCACCACCAGCAGCCCAACAACACCAGAGGUGCUGCUGCUGCCUCCUCCUCCUCCGCAGCCAAGAGCCCCAGAGACCUCACCCUCACAGACAAGGCCAGGUAGGAGACUCCCGCACGGAGCACUAACACAUACACAGUAGAGGCCGUUGAACCAUCAUGUGUGUAUGAACGUUCCUGCGUCUAUUUAUAUAUUGAGUGAGUGCAUUCCUUUCAUUUAAGCAUGUGUGAAUUACACAGCUGGUGAUUCUGUUUGUGAAUCUAAAAUAUGUUGUGUGUGUGUCUCAGGGAGAAGCUGUACGAGGAGAAGCUUCGUCAGCAGCAGCAGGAGUUGCAGCAGCUCCACGAGGAGCGCCAGCGGCUGAUGGAGAUCCAGGACAAAAUCCAGGACCUACAGUGGGCCUGCCCCGACCUGCAGGUAACACACUGAGCACACAUCGCCCUAUUUCCUGAUUGAUUGUUUUGGUGUCAGAACUUCUUUCUGAACUUCUUCCUGGACUCUUUUUUUUAACCGUAGUGCCCUAUAUUGGGAAUAGGGUGUUGAGACAGUCACUCUCUCACUCUCUAUCACCUCCUCUCUCCUAUCAUUCUCUCUCUCUCAUUCUACCUCUCCCUCCGCUCUUCUCCUCUCCAGUCGUCAGUGUCCAGCAGCACAGUGAGCCAGCAGGCCCUGAUGAGGAAGCUCCCGGCUGCAACCUCCACCCCGGCCCCUCCCCCUGCGCCGGCUGCAGCCCCCAAAGCCAACGCUUCUCCUGCCGCCGCCGUGCUCAAACCCACAGCCCAGGCCGCUGCUAACGCCUCUGUCACCGACAACGAGGUGGGUUCUUUAUUUUGAUUUCAUUGACAGGUUCACAAAACAUCAAGGCUAGUACAAACUUAAAGUGAUGGCUCGUGAAACACUUGUAUCACCCGCUCAGUGCAAGGCUUUUCCUGAGAGUUAACUGGUAAGGGUUAGCGUGACCGAGUUAGCCAUGGCUAGAUGUCAGGGAGCUCUUAUAGGAGUGUGUGGGUUAUCAUGCAGAUGUAACCAUGAAAAUGACUCCGCUCAUUUACCUUCAUGGUUCCCAAGCAGCUGUGGUGUGAGAUGCGGCGCCACCAGAUCCUGCGGGAGGAACUGCGCCAGCGGAGGAAGCACCUGGAGUCCCUGAUGGCCGAGCACCAGAGGAGGAGCGGCCUCAGCGACUCCCCCUACAGGAUGGAGGACCCAGAUGGACACGCCGCCGCCUCGCAGCCACUCAGCAGGGACGAGAGGUGAGAAAAGCGGUAGAUUAUUCACAAAGGCCCCCAAAUCUACAUCGGGGGUCAAUUCUAUGAUGUGAACCGUCCUGAAUGUUGCAGAUAGAAAUAGAAUGAUGCUUUUAGCCAUCGUAUGCUCUCAUGUCUACAUGAAGUGCCUAGGGGGAUCGGUUUAGUCUCUGAGUGGGGCCUUAAACGACUUGUUACCCUCCUCAGGACCAUGGCCACGUGGGGCGGCUCCACCACCUGUCAGCUGGAUGAGGACGGCUACCCCUCUGAGAUGGGCGCUGAGGAAGAAGAAGAGGAGGAUGAAGAAGAGGAGGACGGAGCAGAGUCCAGCUCCAGUGAUGACCUGCAUCUCUACUCCACUAGGAAGCAGCGAUCCUACAGCAACAGGAAGACACUGGGCAGGUCUGUGAAAGAUGUAUACAAGGAUACCCAUUGUUUUUGUAUUAAUUUUCGAUUCAGGAUAAAGAUACAGGGCACAGUACUCUUAACCUCUAAAAGUCUAAGCCGUUGGGGUGGGAGGGAACAAGCUACAUAUGGAAUUGUUUUAAGAUGGUCAGACCAUUUAGCUGUUUGAUAUAGAAUUGUAGGACCCCUUUAGCUUUAAAAAAAAUAUAUAUAUAUAUAAACUACCAGUCAAAAGCUUGGACACACCUACUCAUUCAAGGGUUUUUCUUUAUUUUUACCAUUUUUGACAUUGAAGAAUAAUAGUGAAGACAAACUGAAAUAACACAUGGAAUCGUAGUAACCAAAAAAGUGUUAAACAUUCAAAAUAUUGAACAAGAACAGCAAAGAGAAAUGACAGUCCAUCAUUACUUUAAGACAUGAAGGUCAGUCAAUACUGAACAUUUCCAGAACUUUGAAAGUUUCUUCAAGUGCAGUUGCAAAAACCAUCAAGCGCUAUGAUGAAAUUGGCUCUCAUGAGGACCGCCACAGGAAUGGAAGACCCAGAGUUACCUCUGCUGCGGAGGAUAAGUUCAUUAGAGUUACCAGCCUCUGAAAUUGCAGGCCAAAUAAAUGCUUCAGAGUUCAAGUAACAGACACAUCUCAACAUCAACUGUUCAGAGGGGACAGUGUGAAUCAGUAAUUCAUGGUCGAAUUGCUGCAAAGAAACCACUACUAAAGGACACCAAUAAGAAGAAGAGACCUGCUUGGGCCAAGAAACAUGAGCAAUGGACAUUAGACCGGUAGAAAAUUGUCCUUUGGCCUGUAGUCGAAAUUUUAGAUUUUUGGUUCAAACCGCCGUGUCUUUGUGAGAACCGAUGUGGGUGAACGGAUGUGUAGUUCCCACCGUAAAGCAUGGAGGAGGUGGUGUUAUGGUGUGUGGGUGCUUUGCUGGUGACACUGUCAGUGAUUUAUUUAGUAUUCAAGGCACACUUAACCAGCAUAGCUACCACAGCAUUAUGCAGUGAUACGCCAUCCCAUCUGGUUUGGGCUUAGUGGGACUAUAAUUUGUUUUUCAACAGGACAAUGACCCAACACACCUCCAGGCUGUGUAAGGGCUAUUUGACCAAGAAGGAGAGUGAUGGAGUGCCGCAUCAGAUGACCUGGCCUCCACAAUCCCCCGACCUCAACCCAAUUGAGAUGGUUUGGGAUGAGUCGGACGGCAGAGUGAAGGAAAAGCAGCCAACAAGUGAUCAGCAUAUGUGGGAACUCCUUCAAGACUGUUGGAAAAGCAUACCAAGUGAAGCUGGUUGAGAAAAUGCCAAAUGUGCAAAGCUGUUAUCAAGGCAAACGGUGCCUAUUUGAAGAAUCGCAAAUAUAAAAUAUAUUUUGAUUUGUUUAGCACUUAUUUGGUUACUACAUGAUUCCAUAUGUUAUUUCAUAGUUUUGAUGACUUCACUAUUAUUCUACAAUGUAAAAAUAAAGAAAAACCCUUGAAUGAGUAGGUGUGUCCGAACUUUUGACUGGUACUGUAUAUGUAUUAGGAGAUUUAAGAAAGCUCAGGAAAUAUUUUUGUUUUUUUGUACAUAUUUAACCCCUUAUUUUUGUUGGCACUAAACUACCUCCAUACUUCUAGUCGUUUGUAUGGAUUACUUUCAGACGAGCCCCGUGACACUUGUAGAGCAAAACGGAGAACACCAUCGUGUUCGUGACAGUCUACUCUUUCCAUAGAGUUGUAGUCGUUUUGUAGGCCAAACUGUUCCGACGCUACAGACGUUUUAGUGAUGUCGGGAUGUCUCAUGGUCUGACACCGCUAUAGCUCAGCCACCUUCCACCACAGAUGCGGAAAGCCGACAUUAGUGUAGGCGGUGGAUUGAGACGCAUCCUAUUUAAAAAAAAUGAUAUCUCUAUCUUAAACUGACGGAUUUUGAUGGGGAUGUUUUUUAUCAAGGGUUCGUUAAUAUACUCUUAAGGAUGAAUCAAUUGUAGUUAUGAGGGGUUAGGGUUAACCUUAACCCAACUCCAGUCCUAGAGAGAAACUGGGUGUGCAGGCUUUUGAUCCACCCCAUAGGAUUCUAUUGAUGUAUGCUAACAUACAGUAUUCUACUGCCAUUUACUUUAUGUUCGUAUUCUUAUUUUUUACAAUUUCCUAUUGAUGCAUUGUCGAAGGAACUUGCAAGUAAACACUUCGUUGGACAAUGUAUACCAUACGUAGCCCGUACAUGAGAAUAAUAAAACUUGAAUCCUGGCAUCAUGAAAGUUCUGGGGAAAAAUUGGGUCAUACAUUCCCAGCAGCACCCACAACUCGUUGGACACCCAAUAAUACAAAUAUAUCACUCUCCCCCUUCGUUCUCUUUCUCCAGCAAAGUUCUGAAGCCGCCCCAACAAUUCGCAUCCGAAGCUAGUGGCCGACCCUCUCCCCGUUCUCGAGCCAGAGCCAAACAACAAAAACAGUCCCAAGCCCACGGCGGCGUCAACAUCGGGGGUGCGAGGCGCCAGGAGAACCUGCGCUGGGCAGCUGAGCUGUCCUUCCAGGAGGGUUCUGGCACUGGGUCUGGGUUGGCAUCACGCCACUGGCAGGAGCAGGUGGGCACACUACAGAGGCAGCUGGACUUUAGCACCAGCAUGUGUCAGACCCUACUGCAGGACCAGCAGGUUGGUAUAGCAGUUGGCACACACUUCAGUCACCUCACACUAAUAUGUAGGCUUAUCUCAAGCAUUUGACAUGGUUGAGGCGUGCCUGAUUUAGCUUGUCAGGUAUGAGGCCAGCUGGCAUGAGGAGUUUGGUUCCAUUGUACCUGACAAGCUAAGCUAUAUCAAGGGAACCUCACAUGUCAACUUUUUGGAAUGUAUUGAUUUUAACUUGUCUGGUAUGAGGGGUGUACAUGCUUUUUGGAUUAUUCCAUUGUUUUCAUUGUACCGUCCAAGCUAAAAAAAAAUUUAAGUGCCCAAGUAUUUCAAAUAUGGAAUACAUAUCCGAACCAGGUCUGAAUUCACCUUACCAAAUGAGGUACUUGAGGUUAAUUUAGCUUGCCUGGCAUGAGGAGUUUGUUUCCAUUUUACAUGACCAGCUAAUCCAAAUAAAGUACACCAAGUAUUUCAAAUAUUCGGAAUAUUAUGUAUUCGACCCUGGUCUGUUUCACCCAACCUACAGAAAAGGUAGCAGCAACCUAAGGCACACCGCCAAAGAAUGUCUGUCAUUUCUGCUCGCUUUCCUUACUGUUCAAUGUCUAUUACAUUUCACUAAGGUUGAAAAAGUAAGUUAAUAAAGAAAAUGUAUUACUCACGCUAGUCUUGUGUUAAGAGGUGCCUAAAUGGAUUUUCUCCACAUAGUCAUUGAUAUAGCAUGGCGGCGGUGACACUUAUUAACCUAUAGGGCAUGGUGUUGAGUUUAUUCAGGGUGCGUCGUCCUGAUGGAAAUGCCAACGCUGCUAUUCCUUUAUAGAAAUCAGCCGUUGGCUAGAGUUCCUAUUUGACUGGGUGUCAGAACCUGUAUGGGAAACCAACUGACUGACAGGUUCAUGAAUACCAUUUUCUCUCCCCCCCCCCCCCCCCCCCCCCCCCUUUCUCCUUCCCUUCUCUCUCUCUCUAUCUGUCUUUCAAACUCUUUCUUUCUCUAUACACACUCUUUCUCCAUCUCUUCCUCUCCCUGUCUCUCACUCUUUCCUUGUCACUACCCCCCCCCAUCCAUCCAGACGUUGUCCUACAUGCUCCAGACCCUGCUGACAGGACCGUACAGCGCGCUGCCCAACAACCUGUCCUCCCCCCAGGUCCACCUGGUCAUGCACCAGCUCAGCCAGUGUUACACACAGCUGGCCUGGCAGCAGAACAACGUCGAAAGGUAGAACGAACACAGACAGACAAAACAACAACUAGAAAUGUGUAUUCUAUUGGUUUAUUUACGUUCUAGUCAUUUAGCAGACUUACAGUAGUGAGUGCAUACUUUUUCGUACUGGUCCUCCAUGGGAAUCGAACCCACAACUCUGGCGUUGCAAGCGCGUUGCUCUACCAACUGACCCACACGGGACCCGUUUGACACAGAUAAUGUACGACAAACAUUGCACCAUAUUUUAGCUAUAUACUGUAGUUAAUUUCCAUCUGAAAUCCCCAGAUACUGUAUUAGUUUACUAAUAUGUUAAUGUCACCGGCUCAAUGUACUGCAUGAGGGAAAUGAUCAGUGUCUGUUUUCAAGACCUUACAAUUCAGUUUAUGAACAUGUAUUCAUUGCAGCUUUCGUUCGUUAGGUUCACACGCAUGUCUACAUUAGUGUAUCGUUCUAAGUGCAUAGUUAUUUAACCAUGAUUGACUAUCUGUAGUACACUGUAUGUGAAAAUGAUAUCCGGUUUAAACAUGACUUGUGAAUACAUGAAUGUGAAUAUUAUUACGUUUUAACGCUGACUUGCCUGUAUUUGUCCCGUUUGUCCCCAGACUGAAACUGGUGCUGAGCGACCUGCUCCGUCAACAACAACAACAACAACAACAACAACAGCCCUCGUCGUCGUCAGGUCAACAGGCCCAGAACCAGGGUUCCACGUCCCGGGACUCCGGCAGUGGCUGUCCCCCCCUCUCCCCCACCAGCCUCUUUCUCCCCUUCACCUCCUCCAUGCCCCCCUCUGUCAACCAGACCCUCAACCUGCCCCCUGGCCUGGCCGGAUUCUCGCCCCUCUCCUCCGGUACGACUUCCAACACCCCUUUUAUAAAUGCACCUUCCAUCCAAUCUUUAUAGAUCCUUCCUCCUUGAUGUUAUGACAUACAGUUGCAGUCGGAAGUUUACAUACACUUAGGUUGGAGGCAUUAAAACUCGUUUUUCAACAACUCCACAAAUUUCUUGUUAACAAACUAUAGUUUUGGCAAGUUGGUUAGGACAUCUGCUUUGUGCAUGACACGAGUAAUUCUUCCAACGAUUGUUAACAGACAGAUUAUUUCACUUAUAAUUCACUAUCACAAUUCCAGUGGGUCAGAAGUUUACAUACACUAAGUUGACUGUGCCUUUAAACAGCUUGGAAAAUUCCAGAAAAUGAUGUCUUGGCUUUAGAAGCUUCUGAUAGGCUAAUUGACAUCAUUUGAGUCAAUUGGAGGUGUACCUGUGAAUGUAUUUCAAGGCCUACCUUCAAACUCAUUGCCUAUUUGCUUGACAUCAUGGGAAAAUCAAAAGAAAUCAGCCAAGACCUCAGAAAAAAUAUUGUAGACCUCCACAAGUCUGGUUCAUCAUUGGGAGCAAUUUCCAAACGCCUGAAGGUACCACGUCCAUCUGUACAAACAAUAGUACGCAAGUAUAAACACCAUGGGACCACGGAGCCGUAAUACCGCUCAGGAAGGAGACGCGUUCUGUCUCCUAGAGAUGAACAUACUUUGGUGCGAAAAGUGCAAAUAAAUCCCAGAACAACAGCAAAGGACCUUGUGAAGAUGCUGGAGUAAACAGGUAACAGUAAAACGAGUCCUAUAUCGACAUAACCUGAAAGGCCGCUCAGCAAGGAAGAAGCCACUGCUCCAAAACCACCACAAAAAAGCCAGACUACGGUUUGCAACUGCACAUGGGGACAAAGAUUGUACUUUUUGGAGAAAUGUCCUCUGGUCUGAUGAAACAAAAAUAGAACUGUUUGGCCAUAAUGACCAUCGUUAUGUUUGGAGGAAAAAGGGGGUGGCUUGCAAGCCGAAGAACACCAUCCCAACCGUGAAGCAUGGGGGUGGCAGCAUCAUUCUAUGGGGGUGCUUUGCUGCAGGAGGGACUGGUGCACUUCACAAAAUAGAUGGCGGCAUGAGGAAGGAAAAUUAUGUGGAUAUAUUGAAGCAACAUCUCAAGACAUCAGUCGGGAAGUUAAAGCUUAGUCGCAAAGGGGUCUUCCACAAUGACCCCAAGCAUACUUCCAAAGUUGUGGCAAAACGGCUUAAGGACAACAAAGUCAAGGUAUUGGAGUGGCCAUCACAAAGCCCUGACCUCAAUCCUAUAGAACAUUUGUGGGCAGAACUGAAAAAGCAUGUGCGAGCAAGGAGGCCUAAAUACCUGACUCCGUUACACCAGCUCUGUCAGGAGGAAUGGGCCAAAAUUCACCCAACUUAUUGUGGGAAGCUUGUGGAAGGCUACCUGAAACAUUUGACCCAAGUUAAACAAUUUAAAGGCAAUGCUACCAAAUACUAAUUGAGUGUAUGUAAACUUCUGACCCACUGGGAAUGUGAUGAAAGAAAUAAAAGCUGAUAUAAAUAAUUAUCUCUACUAUUAUUCUGACAUUUCACUUUCUUAAAAUAAAGUGGUGAUCCUAACUGACCUAAGACAGGGAAUUUUUACUAUGAUUAAAUGUCAGGAAUUGUGAAACUGAGUUUAAAUGUAUUUGGCUAAGGUUGAUAUAAACUUCGACUUCAACUGUAUCUCUAUUGUAUGAGUGAAAGUUCUCAAAGGAAUGAAACAUCCAAGAAUGUGCACAGAGUAUACCAAACAUUAGGAACAACUUCCUAAUAUUGAGUUGCACCCCACCCCGUUUUGCCCUCAGAACAGCCUCAAUUCAUCGGGGCAUGGACUCUACAAGGUGUCAAGUGUUCCACAGGAAUGCUAGCCCAUGUUGACUCCAAUGCUUCCCACAGUUGUGUCAAGUUGGCUGGAUGUCUUUUUGGGUGGUGGACCAUUUUGAUAAACAUGGGAAACUGUUGAGCGUGGAAAACCCAGCGGUGAUGCAGUUCUUGACACAAACCGGUGUGCCUGGCACCUACUACCAUACCCCGUUCAACAGCACUUACAUUUGUUGUCUUGUCCAUUCAUCCUCUGAAUGGAACACAUACAAAAUCGAUGUCUCAAGGCUUCAAAAUCCUUCUUUAACCUGUCCUCAUAGCUUUAACCUGGAUUCACCUGAUCAGUCUAUGUCAUGGAAAGAGCAGGAGUUCUUAAUGUUUUGUAUACUCAGUGUAUAGUUAGUGUUCAAAUAAUGUCUCUUUCACUCAUCACCUUGGACCAGUUCACUUCAGAGGUUCGCUUUGGAAAUUGAGAAGCUCUGGCACAUAUGAGCGUGAUUGAGGACUAGAGGGCAUACUGGAAUAGUAGGAAAUUCCUGAUUUGAUAAGUUUGUAACCAAGUUGUUGUGUUUCCAGAUCACAAUAUACGCAGGUUGACGCUUGUCAUCAGUCUUGUCCUGGAGGCAGAACUGAGCGAUUUCCCCUUAAGUUACCCAGCUGCAAAAAAAAAAAAAAAGGUCUAUAUGGUAAAACUCAUUAACAUAAAAUGAGCUUUUUGGUCUUAAUUUAAGGUUAGGAUUAGGGUUAGGUUUAAAAUCAGAUUUGAUGACUGUGGCUGUGCCAGCUAGUGACCACUCUGCAGAGCUGCCUCCAGAACAAGAUUCAUGACGGAAAAAACGCUAACCUGCACAAUAUACCUCAAUAUGUGUGCUCACAUCACUUAUUUUUCUCCUACACAGGGUUUAACUUCAACCCCCUGUUCCCUUCUGCUAUGGGUGAGUUCCCUCACAGUGCUGGUAGCCAGGCCAGCCCAGACAACCAACAGCAGCUGGAUCCCAACACCUCAGUCAAGACAGAGUACUUGAGCUUCCCCCCGCCCCUGCAACGCUCCCCACUCAACACUGUAGACAAAAGGUGUGUGUUAGUGAUGGGAGAAAAAAUCGAUAGUUGCAUAUUGUGAUAUCAUUUUUGGACGAUAUUGUAUCGAUAUUAUCAACGUUUGACUCCCAAGUAUCGGUUUAUAAAAUCGAUGUAGGUAGCGUUAGCUAGCGCUAAUCGGCUGUACCUGUGCCAAAACUCCAAUAUUUUUCAUCCUAUAGCAUGUUCUUCAUCUUUUUAAAUAGUGAGCCAAUGUGUUUUCAGCACUUUCCCUGACUGAUCAAAACUAGUUUUCUCAUGCUCUGUCUCUCUGCAGCAGACUUAUAGUGAGCUAUAUGUUUGGAACAUCAAAUCACAAUAAAAUCUUCGCAAUACAUGUAGAAUCGUGCGAGUCGCAAUACAUAUCGUAUUGGCACCGAAGUAUCGUGAUAAUAUCGUAUCGUGAUGUCCCUGGCAAUUCCCAGCCCUAGUGUGUGUGUGUGCGAAGAAUGAAAGGCACACUUCAUUACUACUUAGUUCUCUAUUACUCACACAUACAAAUUUCUUCCUUCAUUAGUCCAACCGUCGUUCUGUCUGUAUCCGUCCCACCAGGCCCCAGAGGCAGAAUGAAGGAAGCAGCAGUCGUGGCCAUGAAUCUGGCUGGCUCAACGUCUCCCAGCCUCCAGCUCCUAUCACCGAAUCCCCCUCCCCUUUACCCCAUAGUGGGGCUAACAACACCCGGCCCCAGGCCUUCGACCAGGCCUCCCAGGAGAGCUUUAGCAGCAUGCCGGACCCCGCUGACCCCACCACCGUCACCAAGACCUUCAGGGCAGGACGCAAGGCCUCUGCCCAGGCCAGCCUGGCCUCCCGCGACAAGACGCCCAACUCCAAGAGGAGGACCCGGCGGGCCAAGGGACACCACAAGAACACGGGUACGGGGACAGGGGAUACAGUGUAGGGACAUGUAGUGAUUUAUAUUGAGCGCUUUUUCUCUAGUACUUGACAUUUCCUUCCUCUCCGGCAGCUCAGUUAGGAAGGCCGGGAGGUAACUCGCUCCAACCACCACCACUGUGUAGCACCUGCCUGUUUAUAUAUUUAAAACAUCAUAAGAAUAGAGAUUUGAGGACCUCCAAAUAUUUAGGAGACUCAAGCUGAAACAGUAUUGCUCAAGGCUACAAUCUAUCCAAAAGACAAAUGCACGAAUAGGGUCUUUUUUUAAACAUACGAUGUGUGUAAAUGUUUAUUUGCGUAUCUCACACUUUCUCCCCUCUAUUCGUUUUGAAUGUCUACUUUCUCUUUCCUUGCUUGUGUAUUCCCAGGAGUGGAGAGUGACAGCGUGUCUAGCACGGCCGACUUUGUCCAGGAGAGGGCGCCGCAGCCCCAUCGCCAGCGGGACCAAAACCAGAACCAGAGCCUGCUGGACAAACUGACCCAGGAGAAACUGGACAGCAAGACCAAGACUGGCAACAAGCCCAACGACCUCUCCUCCGGUACAAAACCUUAACCUCAUCACACCACACCUUGUCCACUCGCAUCUUCAGUUUCAUUAUUAUUAUUUGAGUUGAAUCUUGGUUUAAUUGGUUUCAUGUCCUCACCUUUUUGUAACGUGACCACGUUUUACUUUUCGUUUGUUUAUUUAUGUCGUCACUUUUUUGAUUUUCCUCACAGCCUAUGCUUGGAGAACACCUUUCCUCUCUAACAGAAUUGCAUGCACUGAAGCGCCAGGUAAACUCACCCCUAGCACACAGCUAAGCACCAGCUAACACUGAUUGUCACUGAUUUAAGUUUUGGGUAUUUUUUCACAACUUUUGUGUAAUAUCGGUCAUCCAAGCACCUUAUGCAUGUAAUACAGUUAAUCUUUUAACGUACUCAAACUAGGUCCCAACCUUUGUAACCUUGGAGUCUCUAGCUUUAGCUAAUUAACUUGGCUAACAAUUUAGUAAUAUGCUUGGCAUUUUAAUUGGCUUUAAAACCAUUAAAACAAUUAAACUGCUUUUUAGAAACAUAACCUGAAUUUAUUACAGUACUAUCCAAUAUGGUUUAAUAUAUCCAGUAUCAUUGCCUUAAAUAAAACUACAUUGCUCUUAGAGAACUACUAGGUAUGCAGGCUUUUGCUCCAACUCUACUAACACCUCUGAUUCAGCUAAUCAAGGUCCUAAUGAAGAUUUGGGUAUGUUUCAGCAGGGCUGGAGCUAAAGCCUACACCGCCACCUCUGCAAUACUGUAUGGAAACCUGAGAUGUAUCCCCAAUAGACUGCCACAUAUGACUGCUUCUUAUACCCGUGAGAACAUCUUCUUGAGUGUCUGCCUUGUGUUUCACACCUCCAGAUGCCAGCAGUGACUUCUCCCUGUUUGAGGCUUUGAGGGAGACCAUCUACUCGGAGGUUGCCACACUCAUCUCCCAGAACGAAUCGCGGCCCCACUUCCUCAUCGAGCUCUUCCACGAGCUGCAGCUGCUCAACACCGACUAUCUGCGCCAGAGGGCACUCUACUCCCUACAGGUAAACAUCUCCGAACAAUGAUCUAGUGCUGAUCCAAGAUCAGCUCUCCUACUAUGAGACUGUAAAUAGUAUUUCAUACAAUCUAUGGGUAAACCUCAUCGGAAUGGAUACAAGCCACAAGGAGCUGCUGAAAAAGACCUGAGGGGUCAAAUGUUGUCGAGGAAUCACGUAGGAGCAUAGACUGCAGUGUGCAGAGUAUGUUUUUCAUCAUUUACAGCUCAUGCUUGUAACCUUGUUCCUUGCUGUUGGAUUCCCAUGUUUGACCAUGUCUCUCUGCCGUUGACCUCCAGGACAUAGUGACCAGGCACCUGACGGAGAAGAGUGCGGCCGAGGACCAGGCCUCCUCCCUGGGCCCCGUGGCCUGGGCAGCCGGCUCCCAGUCAGAGCUCACCCCCAGCGAGAGCCUGGCCACCAGCGACGGGGUGAGACAGACGGAUAUAUACAUACACACACACACACCUGCCGCCUCAUUAAAUCACUUGGCUGUCAUAUCACCCACUCCCUCCUUUCUCUUCUCAAACUUUCCCCAUCUCUCUCACUCUCGCUCUUUUCUCUAGCUCUCUCGCUCCCAUAUCUCAUUCCCGACACCUCUCACUUUCUCUCAACAUCUCUCGCUCUCUCUAGGCAUAUCUUAAACACUCUGCCCAUCUCUCUCUUGCUCGCUCUCUUGCUUUCUCUCUCGCUCUCUUGCUUUCGCUCUUUUCUCUCUCUCUCAUAUCCAUCUUAAACACUCCGUCCAUCUCUUUUUUUCUCUCUCCAUACCUCCUUUGUUCUCCGCCCCCCUCUCUCGUCUUUGAAAUCCAGUCUUCCAGUUGUCAGUAAGGCUGUGCCUUGCGGCCCAUCCGUCAGUCUGAGCGAAGCGUUGCGGUUGCUGCCUGCUGGACAGAUUAGAUGAAUGGCUGUGCAGGUCUUUGUUCUAGCCCAGGUACCCGGAGGUUUCGCUAAUUAGAACCGUCCUUUUUGUCUUUGUAUAUCACUCCUUUGUUGCCCAGUGAUGGAUGAGACACCCGAUUUCCCCAUGUUAGGAGAAAAGGAUAGAAGGGCAGAUGCGCUGCCAAUUGUUGUUAGUCUAUUGCAUCCCUUGCUAAUUUAACGAGAUAGAACAGACGCGAAAUCCAUCAAGGGAGUUUAGCAGAGGUGUCUCUGCGACGAAUCAACGUUUUUUGUCGUCGUCCCCCCCUCCCCGUUCGAGACAAUGAAGGAUGAAUGGGUUCUCUUUUUGAAAAUGUCUUUUUUUCUCUUCUCCCUAAAUUGUGUUUGUUAGCCCUCCAUGGGUGAGUGGUGUGUAACUGAAUUCCAUUUUUACCUCUGUCUCUCAGGACGUGUCAGAGAAGAACAUCCGGGUCAUCAAGCAUCACGACCCGAGUAAGAGGCGGAACGAUGCAGAAUCGGUGGACAACGAGAGCACCCUGUCCACCACCUCCAACCUGGAGCCGUUCGCUAACGACGACUUAGGUAAAAAAUAUAAAAUACAAAUGCAUACAAUGCUCUAAUCCACAGCACAUUAGGUCAAAAGAGAACUUCAGCUUGUGGCAACUUAACUUGAGUUUAUUAUCCCUCAUUGCUCUUCUAAUAUCCUUCUCUUGCGUUCUCUCGCUCUCUCUCCCUCCUCUCUCCUGCCCCUUGCUGUGCUGUGCUGCCAGGUAACACAGUGAUCCACUUAGACAAGGCUCUAGCCAGGAUGAGGGAGUACGAGCGCAUGAAGCUCAAGGCUGAGUUUAGCCCCAACACAACCGCUGCUACUGCCUCUGAGGCCUCUGCUAACUCCUCUGCUAGUGCUGCUCAACUGCUGGAAGGUACAUCUCUCGCUCUCCACAUCUCUCUCUCUCUCUCUACCUCUACCUCUCUACCUCUCUCUCUCUCUACAUCUGUCUACAUCUCUCGCUCUCUACAUCGCUCUCUACAUCUAUCUCUCUCAUCUAUCGCUCUCCUCUCUCACUCUCUCAUCGCUCCCUCUCACAUCUCUCACAUCUCCGCUCUCUCUUGCUCUCCAUCUCUCGCUCCCUUUCGCUCCAUCUCUCGUCUCUCUCUCGCUCUACAUCUCUCGCUCUCGCUCUACAUCUCUCGCUCUCUACAUCUCUCGCUCUCUACAUCUAUCGCUCUCUACAUCUAUCGCUCGCUCUCUACAUCUCUCUCUACAUCUAUCGCUCGCUCUCUAUCUCUCUCUACAUCUCUCGUGCUCUCUCUACAUCUCUCUCUCGCUCUACAGAAAUGAUAGAAAUGCGUAACGCUUGCUCCCCAAAGCCAUGUGCCUCGUCCCACUCUCCGGUCUGAGGGUGUGAGCACUCCCACACACGUGUUUCCAAGUGCAAGGCACUUUGGCUGUCUGCGAUCUCAUGUAGAGCCCUUGAAGUGUCCCCUCACGCUCGUAGUAAAGAAAAAUGGGACGUGGCAAUGGUGUGUUGAGCUGUUUAGAUUUCUCUUGAUGCCAGCUUAAAAAACACACACCUCAGAUGGGAGAUGUGCUAAUAAAUGUGUGUGUGUGUGUAAAGGUGCGGGAGUCUGGUCAGGUGAUGUCCACUGUCCCCAGAUCGACACCCAGCAGCUGGACAGACAGAUUAAAGCCAUCAUGACCGAAGUCAUCCCCUUCCUCAAGGUAGGAACCCAGGAAGCACCUUAAUACUCUAUAGUGGUCUCCUUCCCUUUCGUCUCCUCUCCUUCAUUUAUACUAGGGGUGGUCAAUCCUCAUCCUGGAAAGCUACUGGUCUGGAUGUGCAGGCUUUUGUUCCAGACUUAUUCUACAUUUGGAGUGAGAUAACAUAAGACUAUUGUGAUGUAUGUUUUGUGUGACUUGAGCAAUGAUUCACAUAAUGUUCUAAGAACAGACAUUUUCACUCUUGGAAUGAAACGCUUGGCAGUGGAAUAGCCCUUGUUUCUGCCUUAGCCAACUUGUUGAUGUCCCAACAAACAAUUUGGCAAAGCUAGCAUGAUUUGAAUCCAACAACAGUCAUGUACCCAGGCUAGCAAUAUUGAAUGUUGUUAAAGUCAAAGAACUGAGAGCGGUUGUUUUUGUUCUUGUGGUCUGUCAGGAGCACAUGGACGAGGUGUGUUCCUACCAGCUGCUGACGUCGGUGCGGCGCAUGGUGCUCACCCUCACCCAGCAGAACGACGAGAGCAAGGAGUUUGUCCGCUUCUUCCACCGACAGCUGGGAGGCAUACUGCAGGUAUGAUAAGCAUUAUGAUAUUGUUUCAAAUGUAGGGAGGGGUUUUCCCCCACUGUGACUCAAACCUCAGAUUAGUUUCUUUUGGUAGAAUAAGAGCUGAAAACGUCCACCCAAACAAGUUAACAAAGUGCAGACUAACAUAAGAAUAUAUAUCCAGAAAUAUUGGUUCAGCCAUUUUAAAAUGCGUAGUAUCAGCAAAGAUUUUUAUAACUAAACCAAGAUAGACCCACAGCCUGUCGUUUCCAAUGGGAACAAAUGAGCCAGUGGGCAGAACAAGCAAGUAGGGGGGCAAAGCCAAGCACGAGCUAGCGAGAUCCUAUUGGUUCAGCCAUAAAAAAAAAUAUUAAAAAAAAUAGUAUCAGUGUGCAGCUUUCUUCGAUUUUCUCAACACCUAUUCUGUCUAUUAUCUAGUGCUGUUUUAGCUUAUCAUUAUUAUCAAAAUGGAGCCCUAAGUUUCUCUCCCUCCCCCUCAGGACUCUCUGAGUAAGUUUGCAGGACGUACUCUAAAGGACUGUGGCGAGGACCUGCUGGUGGAGAUCUCUGAGAUCCUGUUUAAUGAGCUGGCCUUCUUCAGACUCAUGCAGGAUCUGGACAGCAACAGCAUCAGUACUGCUACUAUAACUAACUCCCAGGCCAGGCACAAGAACAGGAGACAACCACCCAAUAACCAAGUCAAGCAGGAACACAGGAAUAAUGAGGUAGGUGGAGGGGAAGGAGUCUGGGGAGGGUGUGUGUGUGUGUGUGUGUGUGUCAUUCGAUCUAUAAUGAAAUGAGGGAAUCCAUUUCAAGACUGGUAAACAUUUGUCUACUUUCAGGAGAACAAGUCGCCGGAGGUCGAGAAGUCAUUUUCCCCAGCAUAUCUCGAUGAAGACAAAGUGAGGAAAUCAACAUUCAACAUCUGAUUUUCUAGUGUGGUUUCAAGCCAGAUCUGUCUCUUUUUAGACUACACAUUGUGUAGUCCAGGGGUGUCAAACUCAGAAAAUAUGUUAUUUCCUCAGCGUCAAAAUUAGCACAAAUAUUCCAGCGUUUUUUGUUUUGUUUUUUACGCUCCCUGACUGUAGCUUUCAUUUCAGUGAUUAUUAGCAAGCUGGACACUGUAUGAAUGUAGGUCAAUUUGUAUAAUUUCUACACAGUUUCAAUUUGGUUUAGUCAUUUUAAAGUAUAUUGAGUAAAUGUUCUACCCCAAGAAAUUGUCUAAAGAAAAGUCUAAUUUGACACCCCUGGUGUAGUCUAAAGGUUGGAAGGAUAGUGUAAAUGUCUUCAAUAACUGUUUACAUCUCCCUCUGUGUGUAAAUGUCUUAAAUAACUGUUUACAUCUCCCUCUGUGUGUAAAUGUCUUAAAUAACUGUUUACAUCUCCCUCUGUGUGACAGGAUGAAGAUGAGACAGAGCAGAAAGAGACCGAGAGGGAGCGGCACGGAGGAGAGAGGAAGGACAGCAGGAGCAGCGAGGCCUCCGAGGUGGAGGUGGAGGAGGAGGAGGAAGAGGAGGAUGGAGAGGGACUGCCACUCUCUAUUAGUGAGUGAAUACUACAAUGCGAGAAGCCUCAAUUAGCCUAAAAGCUACUCUGUAAAGUGAGUUCAACCACAGCGAACCUUGCUAGUGACCGUAGCUACUAGAGGAAGCUUGUGAACGAGUGUUCUGCAGGUUAACAAUGGAGGAUUUGUUGUGAAUUUUUAUUGUCGUGGCUUUACAAGUGCCGCCUACCUAUUUCCAACCAAGUAAACUCCUACUACUACUAGGAUUAUGAAGAGUGCCACACCCUAGACUAGUUACCUCCCAGUGCUAACCCUUCAUGGUUUAUGUUCUUGGCCAGAUCUGUCCAAGGCGGAGACCCAGGCCCUGACUAACUACGGCAGCGGGGAGGAUGAGAACGAGGUGGAGGAGAUGGAGGAGUUUGAAGCUGAGCCCCCGGACGUCCAGACCUCCCUGCAGGCUAGCAAUGAUGGCGGAGAGCAACGGGUUAGGAAACACACACUCAGUACACACACUUCCAUUAGACUGUCUAGUUACCAUCUUCUCCUGUAUUUCAGGGAGCAAAUGAAGCCCCGUCAAAUGGAAACCGAGAGACAAAGUCGGACCAAGAAAGCUCUGAGAGUAACGAUGGUAAGAACGUUCACUGUCUCUUAGCUUUUAGCCAGCCAAAAUAGUGCCCGUUUUUCUUUGCGUCUACCUUUUGCUGUGUACAUUGUCCACAUUUUGAUAAAUGGCUGUCGGGUUUUUUCAUUAUAGCAGUGUUUGGUCUGAUGGAUGUCUUUGUGUUUUCAGCCCCUCUGAUUCUCAAUUAACCCCAUUCCCCCCCCCCCCCCCCCCCCCCGCUUUCCUAUCCUUUACAGUGGGGAAAAAAAGUAUUUAGUCAGCCACCAAUUGUGCAAGUUCUCCCACUUAAAAAGAUGAGAGGCCUGUAAUUUUCAUCAUAGGUACACGUCAACUAUGACAGACAAAAUGAGGGGAAAAAAAUCCUGAAAAUCACAUUGUAGGAUUUUUAAUGAAUGUAUUUGCAAAUUAUGGUGGAAAAUAAGUAUUUGGUCAAUAACAAAAGUUUCUCAAUACUUUGUUAUAUACCCUUUGUUGGCAAUGACACAGGUCAAACGUUUUCUCUAAGUCUUCACAAGGUUUUCACACUGUUGCUGGUAUUUUGGCCCAUUCCUCCAUGCAGAUCUCCUCUAGAGCAGUGAUGUUUUGGGGCUGUCGCUGGGCAACACAGACUUUCAACUCCCUCCAAAGAUUUUCUAUGGGGUUGAGAUCUGGAGACUGGCUAGGCCACUCCAGGCUCUUGAAAUGCUUCUUACGAAGGCACUCCUUCGUUGCCCGGGCAGUGUGUUUGGGAUCAUUGUCAUGCUGAAAGACCCAGCCACGUUUCAUCUUCAAUGCCCUUGCUGAUGGAAGGAGGUUUUCACUCAAAAUCUCACGAUACAUGGCCCCAUUCAUUCUUUCCUUUACACGGAUCAGUCGUCCUGGUCCCUAGCAUGAUGUUUCCACCCCCAUGCUUCACAGUAGGUAUGGUGUUCUUUGGAUGCAACUCAGCAUUCUUUGUCCUCCAAACAUGACGAGUUGAGUUUUUACCAAAAGGUUCUAUUUUGGUUUCAUCUGACCAUAUGACAGUCUCCCAAUCCUCUUCUGGAUCAUCCAAAUGAACUCUAGCAAACUUCAGACGGGCCUGGACAUGUACUGGCUUAAGCAGGGGGACACGUCUGGCACUGCAGGAUUUGAGUCCCUGGCGGCGUAGUGUGUUACUGAUGGUAGGCUUUGUUACUUCGGUCCCAGCUCUCUGCAGGUCAUUAACUAGGUCCCCCCGUGUGGUUCUGGGAUUUUUGCUCACCGUUCUUGUGAUCAUUUUGACCCCACGGGGUGAGAUCUUGCGUGGAGCCCCAGAUCGAGGGAGAUUAUUGGUGGUCUUGUAUGUCUUCCAUUUCCUAAUAAUUGCUCCCACAGUUGAUUUCUUCAAACCAAGCUGCUUACCUAUUGCAGAUUCAGUCUUCCCAGCCUGGUGCAGGUCUACAAUUUUGUUUCUGGUGUCCUUUGACAGCUCUUUGGUCUUGGCCAUAGUGGAGUUUGGAGUGUGACUGUUUGAGGUUGUGGACAGGUGUCUUUUAUACUGAUAACAAGUUCAAACAGGUGCCAUUAAUACAGGUAACGAGUGGAGGACAGAGGAGCCUCUUAAAUAAGAAGUUACAGGUCUGUGAGAGCCAGAAAUCUUGCUUGUUUGUAGGUGACCAAAUACUUAUUUUCCACCAUAAUUUGCAAAUAAAUUCAUUAAAAAUCCUACAAUGUGAUUAUCUGGAUUUUCUUCUUCUCAAUUUGUCUGUCAUAGUUGACGUGUACCUAUGAUGAAAAUUACAGGCCUCUCUCAUCUUUUUAAGUGGGAGAUCUUGCACAAUUGGUGGCUGACUAAAUACUUUUUUCCCCCACUGUAUGUCUCUCCCACCCUCCUUUUUUCCUCACCUUCGCCUGUCUGUCCUAAACUUUCCUGCUUGAUUAUCCCCCCCCCCAGUCAAGAGCAGUAAGUCCGAGUCCAUCGAGGUGGUGGACUCCCCAGAGGAAGAGCGUGAGGGGGAGGGUGUGGAGCGCGGGAGGCCAGAGGGGGAGAGCCAGGGAGGUACGGCCUCAGCAACCACCAACAACCAGGAGGGCUCCCACUCCCAGGGCUCAAACAGCAGCAGCAGCCCCGACACAGAGUCACCCGUCAUGAUCAACAUAGACGUAAGACCACUACACCGACCUAUGGUCCUUUUUUUCCCUCUUUUUUUUUUUACUACAAAAAUUGUAUUGGAUUCAAGUCUGUAAUUAGAUUUUUUUUAUUUUAUGUAUUCCAAUGUCUUUAUUACUUCUCCAAAUGCUCUUCAUGAUUUAUACCCUUUAAUUCUUUAUGAUUUAUACCCUUUUAAUUAUUUAUGCUUUAUACCCUUUUAAUUCUUUAUGAUUUAUACCUUUUUAAUUCUUUAUGAUUUAUAUACUUUCUAACGCUUUAAUUUAAUUCAUGCAGGAGGUGGGAUCAGGAAACACGAGCCAGAAGUCAGACGAGGAAGACUUUGUCAAAGUGGAGGACUUACCCAUGCAGCUCAGUGUCAUAUGUGAGGUGGGACUAGCCAGAACGACUCCAUUUCCCCUGUUGUCGAUACGUCCACUUCCCUUUUCCUCUUCUUACAAACUGUCUGAUCAUUGGUCUUAUGAAAUCUAAUAAUGUUCUCUGUGUGAUGAACAGGAGGCGCUCCAGAAGAGGAUAGUCGAGGAACAGCAGAAUAAUAAUCUGUCUGCUGAGAUCCUCAGUGGGAACACUGACACACUGACUGGACUAGUGGGAAAUGGACACACACUCAAAGAACCAGGUAGGUACAGACAAGUACCUAGUGAAAUGAUGCACUGUCUGGCACAGUUUUCAAUUCAAAAUUGUUUCAUGAAACCGGUAGAGCGCAACUUCUUCACAGAAUGUCCAGGUAAAUAAAUGUAUGUUGCAGAACUGAUAUUAUUCUGUCAUGUAGACAAGUAAAUGUUGGCUAUAUACUAUGUUAUGAAUGACUAUUUAUACUUUAUACUAUUGUAUCCAUCUGCUGUGUUUGCGAUAUCUCUAGAAAGAUAGAAUCCUUCUACUACUUUUUUCUCCAUCUUUCUUACAGAAACGAUAGGUGCACAAAGUGCAUGAAGAGACCGUCUUGUACAAACGUUGUCGAAUGACCACCGUCUCAUUGACCACUACAGAAUAACCCUAAAGAUGUUCAGACUCCUAUUGGUACUUAAUGAUUUGAUUAUUGGACGGUAGCAAGGGUUGGCGAGACAAUGUCAUGACGUGCCAGUGACUAAGCUGCGCUCGAAACAGUUCAAAACAACUACAAUGGUUAAAACAACUAUAACUGUAAUGUAACCAAUACGGUUUUGUUUAUUUUAACUCCUGAGGCUGUAUCUAUUAAGCUCAUCAGAGUAGGAGUGCUGAAGAUCUAAGGUCAGUUUGGGCUUUUAGAUCAUAAUACAUAUUGAUUGUAUGGACAAGCUGGACCUGAUCCUGGAUCAGCACUCCUGCUCUGAGACGCUUGAUACAUAUGGCCCCUGAUUCCUGAAUGUGUUCUAUGAUUUGUUGCUGAUUUGGGGUUUUAGGGUGGGGUCUCUCUCUCGCUCUAUGCUGCUGUGUUACGUAUAAAGUUUAACAAGCCUCGUUUGAAUCCUCUAGUCUAGCAAACUUGUUGAAAAUCGCCUUAGUUCUGUUUUUUCCGGAUAUGGGAUCAGUUUGAAAUCGGUUUUGUCAUUUUGAAUUGUUUUAUUUGUUUGUGUUCUUGGCCUUGCCUUAUUCUCUCGCUAGCGCCCAUGCUUUUCAAGCAAUUGACCCUUUGAACUCUUAAGAACUACAACGCUAAAGAACUACAAGUACGACUUCAAACUAGAUUCAGGCUGCUGGUGAGGCGUUGCAUCACCUUUGGCUGUAGACUACAUUGGCACCUAACAUCUUUUCCUUCUCAUGUCAUGGGGCUGUUGGUCAUCUUUACUGCACUAUUUUAAUGUUACCUUUUCCCUUCCAAAUCUUAGUUUUACCUUUUGUAGGCAUGUUGAUAUCUCUUUUUGUUUUGCUUUUGUUUCUCGGGGCAGUUUCCCAUGAUUUCCAUGUAAUUAAAGAUGUUAACUACUGUAUGUAGUUUUAAAGAAUAAAAUGAUGGAACUUUUCAAAGCGGUGGCUUGUCUUU